CACCACCACCACCUAAUACAACCACCCUAACGCAUGACGAUAUAUCGCCCGGAAGAUGGACAUCCUACUGGGCCGCGUGACGCAGCAAGCGAUGAACUACGCCAUCCGCUCCGGCAUCACCAUCACCGCAACCUACGCCAUCAAGCAAUGCGGCCGCCUCCUCAAAGAGGCCCCCCGCAGCAAAGACCGCGAGGAACUGAUGCAGUUGCAACUCCGCCUCGACAGCAAAAUCCGCAUCAUCUCCCCCGCCAUCGACAUGAUUGAGCUCAUCUCCGCCCGUGGCAACACUUCUCUGGAGACCGCCGCAACCCUGACGCGCGAUAUCCGGUAUGAGAUCCAGCGACUCGGCGUGCGGCUGAGUAAUGCUGCUAAUGACGAGGAAAUGCUCAAGCGGAAGAGCAGCCGUGCCAAGUCGAGAGAGGAGACGGAACGGGAGCUCAAAGCUAUCAUUUACCAGAUCAAGAAUCUACUAACAAGAAUCGAGGACGCAAUCCCGCUGAUCAACCUCGCCAUCACCACCUCUGGCGUAAAUCUUUCCACACAAUUGAGUGGCACCAUCAGUCCAAGUCGCUUACUGCAAGCUUCCACCUUCCUCACCGCGGCGGAUAGCAAGUACGCCGCAGACCCAGGAAUCAGACAGCAAGUGGGUCCGACGUAUACACUAAGUCUGUACAUGCUCUUUGCCAGUCACGCCUGGAGACCCGUCGACGAGGCCGGCGUUCGCGAAACGACCUGGAAAGAAGUCAUCCACAAAGCCCACGUCAAGCUUAUCCGUGUGCCGCAUGAACAACUCAACACUCUACCAGGCGAUCAACCGACCCGUAAUAGUUCGGCAGGUGACUUCCUGCAUGCGGAUGCGAAGGCGUCAGAAUUCGCCUACCAACUCCUCCUCAUUGAAGACCUGGACGACGACCGCGUGCAUGCCUUCGAAGACAACGUACCCCAACCAGGUCCCUUCGAUGAUGUACCCAACGCUGGGAUCCGGGAUAUCAUCCCCGUCCAUCAGAUAUCCAAAAUCUUCUACGCCGAUACCGGCAAAAUCCUCAACAUCGGCGGCGGCGACGGAGAGAACGAUAUACACAAUCCCGUCUUGCUCCUGAAACGCGAUCCUGCCGCCGAACCGCCCAGGAGGCUGCUGCGACGCUCGCAGAUGGAGAGGGAGUAUAGCUAUUUCGACUCGCCCGCGAGCGUUAACGGUGCGGCUCGCGGGAGUGUGGAUGUGGAUGUGGAUGAUACACAGUCGGAAGUGGAUGCGCAGUUUGAGCGGGAGUCGCGGGCUGGUACGCCAUCGUGGGAGGCGUCUCAGCAGGCGGGUGCGAAUCAAAGUUGGCGUCUACCCGCGGAUUUGGACCCGGAAUGGAUGGCGUUUGAAGUCUACGCUGAAGAUUCCGACAGCGAGAACGACGACGACAACGAAGCUAUUCCCACUGGACGUACACAUAACCACCACCCCUCCUCCCGCCAAACCGCCGUCGGCCCAGAGCUGGUCGGUGCGCUGUCGAAACUCCAGCUCCGGUCUUCAACCUCAACUUCAGCCUCCUCCCCAACAACCAAAAACGGCGUCCUGAUACCCUCUCUUCACCCAACAGCGUCAGUCCAACCAACGUUGCCGAUCAAAACAACCCUCUCCCUCUUAGAAAUGCUCCUGAAACUCACCGCCGUGCAGCAAUUCCGGCAGACGUCGCAUCUGACCAUCGAGGAUGAGUUGUUGAAUUUCUUUCUUAGGGAGAACGCUACUGCGGGCACGACGGGCUUUAACAAGGACCGGCGCCAACGCAUCCGCCGUGAUGCGAUGCGAAGGGUGGGGUUUGAUCCUUAUGACGAGUCGCCCGUUAAGCAGAGCAGAGGGGUGGGGUAUGUGCAGCAGCGUGCCGGCGGUGGUGGACAAGCGUUCGACUCUCUGCCGCACCCACAGCAAGAGCAGCUGUUGCCGUAUGAGGAGGCGUACGGUUACGAUCAUGACGACUAUCAGGAUGACUUGCAGUACCCGGAGCAGUAUCCGGAGCAUAGACAAGGACAGGCGCAGACGCAGGCGCCGAUCGCGCACCACAAUCACGAGUACGAACACCCGUACGACCGCGACCAUCAGGAGCAAGGCCAUGACCACCCACCCCCGGCCUCCUCCCCGCUCGACCGUCCACGAUUCUGUCGCGAUCCGCUAUCGCCACGGCCAUUGUUACUGCAGCAAACACCCUCCCGCACCUCCACGCCUGGAUCUAGUACGGGUAACAACAGCAGUAGUGAACGGCAUCGGCUUACGGUACGGGCGAAGUACGGUGGAGGAGGGGGUCGGGGUGUAAGCUCGUCGUUGACCGGUACGCAGGGCGGUAGUGGUGGUAGUGGCGGUAGCGGUGGGUAUGGUGGCGGUGCGAUGCAAACGCCCCCAAGUACGGUCAGAAGUCGUGAGGCGCUGUUGAGGACGAAUAGCAGUGAGGUGAAGGUUCGGAGUCCGUUGGGGAGGGAGGUUAGAGACAUGACUCGUCAAAGGGUUGGGAGGGGUGUGCGUGAGCACGAUGUAGAGGGAAGAGAGGCGGAGGCGGGAGGGGGGUCACGAGUGGUGAGGGAGUAAAGACUGCGCACGAAGGACCGAGGCCUGCGAUCGAGAGCGGGGGAGUUUGAGUGUGGGCUUUAGCGUGGCGCUGGUGUUUGUGUUCUCCGCCUCCGUCUCCGUGUGGGUGGGGAGGGUGGAGAGAAGGUUUGUAUGGAGAUACCCCCUAAGCGUAUAGAUAAGUACUAGUCUUCGCAAUGCAUCGCACGACAAAGGUACGUAGGUUAGUAGGUUGCUUCCGUGCUUCCGUGCAUCUAUGCAUCUAUCGAUCUAGCCAAUCUUCCUUUCUACCAAAUUAGACCGCCUGCCAACACCGUGCCGCAAACUGCCAUGCAAGUCCAGCCCCUCCAUCUAAAUGUCGUCGUUUAAAGGUAUCAUGACUCAUGACUCAUCAACUCACCACUCGACUCGGAAACUCGUCAAACCUUCGCCUGCACCUCCACCCCCCUCACCCCC